AUGACAGAGGACAAGGAGGAGAAGGACAGCGGCGAAAAGGCCAGAAAAGAAUCAGCAGGGACAGCGGGGUCCCUCUCCCAGCCGGUGCUGACUCAGCCGCCCUCCCUCUCUGCAUCUCCGGGAGCCACAGCCACACUCACCUGCACCUUGAAAGGUGGCUCCAAUGUUGGCGUCUAUAACAUAAUCUGGUAUCAGCAGAAGCCAGGGAGCCGUCCCCGAUAUCUCCUGAGAUAUAAAUCAGACUCUGACAAGCACCUGGGCUCCGGGGUCCCCAGCCGCUUCUCUGGAUCCAAAGAUGCCUCGGCCAAAGCGGGGCUCCUGCUCAUCUCGGGGCUGCAGCCUGAGGACGAGGCUGAGUAUUUCUGUGCUGCAGAACAUGGUGGGUCCCUCUCCCAGCCGGUGCUGACUCAGCCGCCCUCCCUCUCUGCAUCUCCGGGAGCCACAGCCAGGCUCACCUGCACCCUGAGCAGUGGCUUUAAUGUUGGUGGUUACUGGAUAGCCUGGUACCAGCAGAAGCCAGGGAGCCGUCCCCGGUAUCUCCUGGCCUAUAAAUCAGACUCAGAUAAGAACCAGGGCACCGGGGUCCUCAGCCGCUUCUCUGGAUCCAAAGACGCCUCGGCCAAUGCGGGGCUCCUCACCAUCUCGGGGCUGCAGCCUGAGGACGAGGCCGACUAUUACUGCGCUACGUAUCAUAGUGGUGCUCACAGUGUCUCAGAUGACGAGGAAGCGGCGCUGUGGUAG